GCGCUCCGGUCGCUGGUCCCCGGUUUCAUCGCACAGCCGCGCUACCGCUCCUGCUUGGACUUCGGGCACCCUCUCGAGAUGCGGGUCGUGACGCUGUGGGGCAAGGCGCGCGUCGGAGUCUGGUGGUGGGGGCGCUCCUCGGACGCCAGGACGCCGGCAAGCCGCACCGCACCGCGUGGCUGGUGCGGCGGCCCGGCGCCGCCGGGCGGGCGGGCGGCGCCGAGGGCUGGCAGCCGCUCCACAGGCACCCGGGCGGCAACCCCGGCUUCCAGGCCGCGCUGGCGCUCUUCGUGCGGGCCAUGCCCGCCAUGGCGGCCGCGGCGGAGGCCGUGGCCCGGGCGGUGGGCGCGCCCUUCCUGCGGUCGGACUUCUUCGUCGGCAGCGAGAGGUGGGGCGUCCGGCUCAACGAGGUCGCCUACGGCAGCGGGGUGGACCACUGCCGGCUGCGACGAGGGGGUGCCGCGCCCCACGACCUGGAAGACGACGGCCCGGCCAUCGCCCGGAUCCUGCAGGAGACACCUUGGCACGGAGUCGCGCUUGAACAAAGUGCGAGCGCCGCUGUCGCGGUUCGUGGGCCCUUGGGCGGACGCAGAACACGAGGCUCCAGCGCCGGCGCAAGCCCCAGUCGCAUUUAACAUUGUGCCCGCCGAUGAUGACAGGGUGCCAGUGCCACCCCCGCCGCCGCAGCAGCCCCCGUCGCCAGCCCCAGCCGCGGCCGCAGCGGGCCCGCUGGCGGACCAAGCUGCGGAACCCAGUGCCGCGGGCGCGGUGAUAGACGAGAUGGUGGCGUUAGAGGGCGUGGAAGAUGAUGCAGCCACGGAUGCGGCCGAGCCGGGUGAGGUGGCAGCCCCCGCGGCGGGCAUCGUGCCCGUGCCGUGUUCGCCGGCCAGGGACCCCGCGGCUGCCCAGAACCUGUCUUUGGUGACUGGCUUGCGGCGGCUGGCACGCGUGGAGGGGAAGGGGGGCAGUGGCACGGGGGGCCUGCUUCGAAGUUGCGCCGCAACUUGGGCGCCGGCAUGCUCGAGACAGGUUUGGUGGUGA